GCCUGGUCAAUCCCCUAUACCAAUUAAAUCUAAAAUGCAAUCAAUCAAUCUUCCUGUGGAUCAUUCCAAGAUUGAUGCUAACUUUGAAGGAUACAAAGUUUCCAUGAAUAAUGUGCACUUUUCGAGCAAAAGCCUGGAUCAAAAUUUAUGUCUUCGUGCUCCAUCCAAUGAAAUGAUUACUCUGCAACAUAUGAAAGUGUUCUCAAAUGAUAAUCAGCUGUUUUGUGAUUAUUCGAAAUGCACGGAUUCCCAACAAUUUUUGUAUCGUAUUUUAGACACCGGGCAUAUUCAGGCAAUGGUUUAUGAGAAAAAGACCCAAAUAUGGAAUACCUCGAUCGUUGGCUCCAUUGAUGUUGGGACAAAUGCCUCUUCCGCUUUUCCUACUAAUCUCUUGUUCACUGAAAACAAUCUGGUCGUCGCUUGCAAUGGAAUUUCUGAAAUUACAGUUUUCCUGGCUGUCUCUGACUCAAAUUGGGUUAAAAUGCUGGAGCAUAAGGUUUCAGAGCAAGGUCUUUCACUGAUUGAAGCUCGAAUUUUAAAUGGAAAACUUAAUAUUUUGGCAUAUCACGUGGAAAGUGAUGAUUCCAAAAAGACCAGAAGCAGAAUUCACUCGAUUCGUAUUAAUUUGGAUGAUAUAGACUAUGCUGAUAGCCUUACAGUUGAGAAAUCAAUGGAUUUAAUUCAAAAUGGACACUUUGAGACUUGUACAUUCACAAAUAACGGCGAAAUAAUAUUUCUAUCGAGCGAAAAACCCCACGUGGAAGGGCAACAGGAAGAUAUGGAAGAAAAAGUGGAACAUUCAUGGGAACAAACUGGGAAUAUUAUCCAAGUGGCAUUCAAAUUGAAAUCUGAAAUUUCAAAAGAAGACGUUAAAAUCGACACAACCAAAACAGGAAUUCGUUUGAUUGUCAAAGAUCUGACCCUUCUCAGUGGAAAACUUAGUGGAGAAAUUGAUGAAAAUGAUGUGGAAAUUUGUGCGGAUCAAAAGACGAAUUCAUUGAAACUGAAACUAAAGUCAAUCGAUGAUAAGAAAUGGGAGAAGCUGAUUUCUGUGGAAUAUGAUACUCUGAAAUCAUUGGAAGAUUCAGAAAUCAAGAGAACAAUGAAAGGAGAACAAGUAAUUGAAAGUGAUGAGCCAAUGGAAGAAUGUGAUGAGACUGAAGGAUCUAUGGCUUUUUAUUGGGUUGAUCAGGAGUCUGGAAAAGUUUUGAAACAGUGCGAUGUUUCUGGAAGUCAGGUUCUUUUUACAUCACGUCAAUCCUCCACCUCUCCUGCUCUCAUUUGUCUUCGUCACGACGUUGACGGUCUUCUGUGGUCUUUCGACGAAUCUGCACCCAGCCACGUGGCAACUCUUCAAGCUUUUGGAUACGUUCAAGCUUCGAAGACAAGCCGUCUCUGGUCCGGAUGCUCACCAAACAAGUCUUUGGCGUGUAUUGUAGAAGGAAAUAAUCGAGUUCUGCUUUACUCGCAAAAAGUUGAAGUUUCUGGAAGUCUGAGCAAUCGAAAAACAUCGCAAACAGUGAGCCACGUUUCAAAACAACACUUGCUCCGCGUCGAGUGCUCUGAUCCGAUUCGUGGAGUCCAGCUUACCGAUACCCAUCUUUUCGCCGCCACAAAAUCGCAUAUUCACGUGGCAGAGCUAAAUCUCUAAUGUAUUUUCUUGUUAAAGUAUCUAAACGGUUCCUGGUUGAUUAAAUAUUUUAUUUAUUAAAAACUCUUGAACUCUCUUCACAAAGAACAUAAAAUAUUUAUCGCUGAA